AGCGAGAAUAUUCCAAAAUGUGGUAUAUAUAUUCUUGUGGACGAAGUCAAGAAGAAAUGGGCUAUCAGUUGAAAUGGGUUCACUGGCAGGCCCACUCUUCUUUAUGGACCCAAAGAGAUGGCAGCCAGCACCACGUGGAAGAUCAUGUCUGAGCUGAGAGCUCGACCAAAGGACAAGGCUUGGCUUCAAAGAGAUGAAUGAUUCUGCAACGGACCAUUACAAAGAUUCUUCUCGCAUAGUAUCAUGUGAGCAUCAAGUUUGUCAAUAGUUAUCCGCCAAGGGGGAGUCAUAUUCUCAUCAAAGAUGGAUUCGGGGUUACGCCUCUGUAUGUAUGGUCGAAGUAGGCAAAAUCUCACCUUUCUAGCAGAUCAACAAUAGAUGCUUGAUUUAUAAAGGUUGUGGUGUUUGAAAGUGUUGAGAUCCGCAAGAUUUGAGUAAGAUUUUUCCUACUCCGCCCAUACCAUGCAUACACCUAAUCCUGAGUCCAUCUCUGAUGGGUUACUAUUGGAGUAUACUAAAGCUGAUAAAGCCUCUGCUCUGGAAGGCUGGAAUUUCAAGGGAGGUAAAUCUUGCUGUUCCUAAGCCACCAUACGAUUGAAUUCAUGCUUCAGUUCUCGGUUAGGAAAGCCAUGAGUGACUGUCGUGUUCCUGAGCCAUUAGUUCAGGUACUCAUUUCAAAGAUUACGGUAUCAGAUUCUGCAUCAACCUUAUGUUCUUUGUAUUCAUGUGAAUGGGCGGUAAGAAACUCCAGUUUAUAAGUUGUCUAGCUGUCGGUUUUGCUCCAGAAAUUUAAGAAAGAGUUAUCAUUAUGGGUGAAGGGUUAUCUUCAUGUUGAGAUGCUCAGUUCUCAGGGGAGGAUUUUGUGAUCAAGAUUAAGCUUCCUCGUUGCAUUUUUGAAUCUGUCUUUGCGUGUCAAGUACAAGAUGGGUAGUUGUGUUUCUGUCCAAGUAUCAUGCGAUCAAUUGUUGAACCAUCUCGGUAGAUGCUUUUGCAGAAAACUCUAUUAUAUUCAAAACCUCAAGGAGAAUCUCACUGCUUUGGAAGAAGCCAUGGAAGAUCUCAAGGCAGUACGAGCUGAUCUGUUACGUAAGGUGCAGACAGCAGAAGAGGGAGGUCUACAAAGGCUUCAUCAAAUCAAGGUAUGGCUUAAGAGAGUCAAGACUAUCGAAUCCCAAUUCAAUGAUCUAUAUAGUAGUAGAACUGUUGAACUUCAAAGGUUGUGUUUUUAUGGUGCUGGCUCGAGAAACUUAAGAUUGAGGUAUGACUAUGGAAGAAGGGUCUUCUUGAUGUUGAAUAUGGUUGAAGACUUAAAAUCUAAAGGGGGUUUUGAAGAGGUGGCUCAUCCAGCUACGAGAGCUGUGGGGGAGGAAAGGCCUCUACAACCGACGAUUGUUGGUCUGGAAACAAUUCUCGAAAAGGCAUGGAACCACCUCAUGGAUGAUGGAACUAAGAUUAUGGGUCUCUAUGGCAUGGGUGGAGUAGGAAAAACAACUCUUCUCACUCGGAUCAACAAUAGGUUUUGUGACACUAAUGAUGGCGUUGAAAUCGUCAUUUGGGUUGUGGUGUCUGGUGAUCUACAAAUCCACAAGAUACAAAAAGAGAUUGGCGAGAAAAUAGGAUUUGAAGGCGUGGAAUGGAACCAGAAAAGUGAAAACCAGAAGGCAGUCGACAUACUCAAUUUUCUGAGCAAAAAGAGAUUUGUGUUGCUUUUGGAUGACAUUUGGAGGAGAGUGGAAUUAACCGAGAUUGGAAUUCCGAAUCCAACAAGUGAGAACGGAUGCAAAAUAGCAUUCACCACUCGCUCUCAAAGCGUAUGUGCGAGCAUGGGGGUUCAUGAUCCGAUGGAAGUCCGAUGUUUAGGUACAGAUGAUGCGUGGGAUUUGUUCAGAAAAAAAGUAGGACAACCCACACUAGAAAGCCACCCGGACAUUCCCGAAAUUGCAAGAAAAGUUGCUCGAGCAUGUUGUGGCUUGCCACUAGCGCUAAACGUUAUUGGAGAGACAAUGGCAUGCAAGAAGACUACACAAGAAUGGGAUCAUGCAUUAGACGUUUUAACAACAUAUGCUGCAAAUUUUGGUGCUGUGAAGGAGAAGAUUCUUCCUAUUUUGAAGUACAGCUAUGAUAAUCUAGAAAGUGACAGUGUCAAAUCUUGUUUCCAAUAUUGCUCUCUGUUUCCUGAAGACGCGUUAAUAGAAAAAGAGAGGCUGAUAGAUUAUUGGAUAUGCGAGGGAUUCAUUGAUGGAUAUGAAAACAAAAAAGGAGCUGUGGACCAAGGCUAUGAGAUACUCGGUACUCUUGUUCGUGCCUCUUUGUUGGUGGAGGGAGGAAAGUUCAACAAUAAGUCAUAUGUGAAAAUGCAUGAUGUGGUUCGUGAGAUGGCCCUGUGGAUAGCAUCUGACCUCAGGAAGCAUAUAGGUAAUUGCAUUGUACGAGCCGGUUUUGGGUUAACCGAAAUACCAAGGGUUAAGGAUUGGAAAGUUGUGAGAAGGAUGUCAUUGGUGAAUAACAGGAUUAAAGAAAUACAUGGCAGUCCUGAGUGUCCUAAACUUACAACUUUGUUCCUUCAGGAUAACCGCCAUCUGGUAAAUAUCUCCGGAGAAUUCUUCAGGUCUAUGCCGAGGCUAGUUGUUUUGGAUCUAUCAUGGAAUAUCAAUCUCAGUGGGUUGCCAGAGCAAAUAUCAGAGUUGGUUUCAUUGCGAUAUCUUGACUUGUCAGAUUCAAGCAUAGUGAGAUUGCCAGUUGGUUUACGGAAGCUGAAAAAGCUGAUGCAUCUGAAUCUAGAGUCUAUGUUGUGCCUUGAGAGUGUUUCAGGGAUAUCGCAUUUGUCGAACUUGAAGACUUUGAGGCUAUUAAAUUUCAGAAUGUGGCUAACUAUAAGCUUAUUGGAGGAGCUGGAACGCUUGGAGAAUUUAGAAGUUCUAACCAUAGAGAUCACGUCAAGUCCAGCAUUGGAACAACUGUUAUGCUCUCACAGGUUGGUGAGAUGUCUUCAAAAGGUAUCUAUAAAAUACAUUGACGAAGAAUCAGUCAGAAUAUUGACGUUGCCAUCUAUAGGUGAUCUCCGUGAAGUCUUCAUAGGGGGAUGUGGGAUACGGGAUAUAAUUAUAGAAGGGAACACAAGUGUGACAAGCACAUGCUUUCGAAAUCUAUCCAAAGUUCUGAUAGCUGGUUGCAAUGGUCUUAAAGAUUUGACGUGGUUGUUGUUUGCUCCUAACCUCACUCAUCUCAAUGUUUGGAACUCAAGCGAAGUAGAAGAGAUAAUAAGCCAAGAGAAAGCUUCGAGGGCUGAUAUAGUUCCUUUUCGGAAACUAGAAUAUCUACACUUGUGGGAUUUACCAGAACUGAAGAGCAUAUACUGGGGUCCUUUACCGUUUCCAUGUCUGAAUCAGAUCAACGUACAAAACAAUUGUCAAAAGCUGAGAAAGCUUCCAUUGGAUUCUCAAAGUUGCAUUGCGGGUGAAGAACUCGUCAUACAAUACGGAGAUGAAGAAUGGAAAGAAAAAGUUGAAUGGGAGGAUAAAGCCACAAGACUCCGGUUCUUGCCAUCCUGCAAGUUGGUUUUGUAUAAUCAAUGAAGGGAAACAGGUUUUCCAGAAGAAAAACAAACUCGUAUGGUCUCAAUGGUAAAUAUAUAAAUAUCAGUAUCCUUCCUCUCGCUACGCUUAUAUUCAUGGGACCUUGUAUUAUCUCUGCCAUUGUCUUGUCUUGUUAUGUUUUGAAGUGUUAUUUGGAUUUUGUAUGUGUAUGCGCUUCAUCUCCCUUUGUUUGUUUGAACUUAGUCCCUAAAACUCUUGUAUAUAAAACAAAAACUUGAUUGGUUUUGUUUACAUAAAGUGGUGAUUAUUUA